CUCUCUCUCUCUCUCUCUCUCUCUCUCUCUCUAUAUCUAUCUAUCUCUCUCCCUCUUUCUCUGUCUUCUCUGUCUCAACAAGAAGAAUAUGACUAACCAGAAUGUCAUCGUUUCCGACAGAAAACCCAUCUUGGGUUUGCAAACCAUCACUGUCUCUGUCUCGAACUCUCCUCUGUUCUCUAAUUCAUUCCCAACUUACUUUACCUUCCCUCGUCGAAAGUUCUUGAAACUUCUUGAAGCAGCUGACAACAACAACAACAACAGUAACUUAGUUGUUGCUCCAAAGAUUACUACAUCUUGGGUCGAUUCCAUGCGUGAUUCUUCCCCUACACGUCUCAGAUCCUCUUCCCUUGACUCUGUUUCAGAUAACGACGACAAAACGUCUUGGAUCGUUCGAUUUCCUUCGGCUUUAAGUAUGUUUGAUGAGAUUAUGAAUGCUGCUAAAGGGAAACAGAUUGUUAUGUUUCUUGAUUACGACGGAACUCUUUCUCUCAUAGUUGAAGAUCCCGACAAAGCUUUCAUUACCCAUGAGAUGCGAGGUGUUGUAAAAGACGUCGCUUUAAAUUUCCCUACUGCUAUUGUCACCGGACGAUCCAUUGAUAAGGUUCGUAGGUUUGUCAAAGUAAACGAGAUUUACUAUGCCGGAAGCCACGGCAUGGACAUUGAAGGUCCGACCAAAGAAAAUAAUUACGGCCAGAGUAACGAAAGAGUGCUGUUUCAACCUGCACGUGAGUUUUUACCAAUGAUCGAAAAGGUGGUUAAGAUUUUAGAGGAAAAGACAAAAUGGAUCCCUGGGGCUAUGGUGGAGAACAAUAAGUUUUGCCUGUCCGUACAUUUUAGACGUGUUGAUGAGAAGAGAUGGGAUACGCUAGCCGAAGUAGUAAAGUCAGUUCUUACUGAUUAUCCAGAGCUGAAACUAAACCAAGGUAGAAAGGUGCUUGAAAUCCGCCCAACGAUCAAAUGGGACAAGGGCCAGGCACUCAAUUUUUUACUAAAAUCAUUAGGAUAUGAAAAUUCCAAAGAUGUUGUGCCGGUGUACAUCGGGGAUGACCGUACCGACGAAGAUGCGUUUAAGGUUUUACGUGAAAGGGAACAAGGUUUUGGGAUUCUUGUCUCAAAAAUUCCAAAGGACACCAAUGCAUCUUAUUCUCUUAAAGACCCUUCUCAGGUUAAAGAGUUCCUGAAGCGUUUGGUUGAGUGGAAGAAGAAGACAGUGGGAGAAGAGUGAAACGCAUACAACAUAAAUAACACCUGAGUUUAUUUCCAAAUUUUGAGUAGAUUAUUAAUAGUUAUAAUAAACACCCUUUUCAUCAUUUAGUUGAUGCCUGGAGGGUGUUUUCGGUCUGAACUCUUUUUUUUUUUUUAGAUCUACAUCGAACCGAAAAUUGUAAAUUUCGUGUAACGAUUUAGAAGUGAAAAAAAAAUUAUCAAUAUUUACUCAUUCUAAUUUAA